AUGACCUCAAUCGAUGUGACCGAGAUUUUGAAGAGUUCCUCUUCGUCUUCGUAUCAGGUUUGUCAGGUUUUGGUGUGGGAAAGCCAUUUAAAAAUGUGUGUUAGAUAAAGCUGCACAGAAAAGUGAAACGUUUCCAAAAUAUCUACCCUAAAACUCUACAAUCUCCUUAUAAAAUCAAUAUUUUCUAGCCAGCAAAGAAGAAGUCGCGUUUCGACGAGAACGGCGCUUCCACGUCGGUUCCACCUCGUCCUGAGGACAUUCUGGCGGCGCUCGAGGCAGAAGAAUCCACGUUUGUGGUCCUCGACGAAGUGCACGUGAAGAAGUUGGUGGCGCAGCUGGAGAAGAAGAUGAAGGCGAACCGGGAGCAGAGAGUCAAGAAUCCGGACGAUCCGAAAAAGUUUAUGGACUCGGAAAUCGAGUUGGACAAGGCCAUUCAGGUGGGCAACUGAUUCAUCCCUAAAAAUCCCAAAAAUUUGCAGGAAAUGCACAGCUUGGCGUCUCAGCCCGACCUCUACGGCGCUUUCGUCGAGGCGAACGGCGUCGAAAUCGUUCUGCAGCUUCUCGGACACGAAAAUUCGGAUAUCGUGUGCGCCACGCUCAGUUUGUUGAGGGUAAGCAUAGAAAUGUAGAGAAAAUCCAGAAAAUACACGGAAAAAAGCGGUAAAACGAGUUUUCAAAUUCACAGGAGCUGACGGACGACGACGUGAUGAACGAGGGAGAGGAGGGGGCGGCCGAACUGAUCGACAGCCUCGUGAAUGGAUCCAUCGUGACCACUCUUCUGGCUUGUGUCGAGCGAUUGGACGAAAGUGUGAAGGACGAGGCCGACGGGGUGCACAACGCUCUCGGAGUCGUCGACAACGUAAGCUUAACCUAUAGCUUAACUUUUUUUCAAGAAAGGGCUUCUAUUUGAAAGAUUCGGCUUGUAAGAAAGGCUAUUGCUCUGAAAACGUGAAACAAAUAUUUCGAUGCACAUUGAAACUGAUUUUUUCAGAUGAUCGGCUUCCGGGACGACAUAACGGAGGAGUGUGUGAAGCACGGAUUCAUAGUGUACCUGCUGAAGAGGUGCUUCCAGAAGGGACCGUUUGACGCGAACAAAAUUUUCGCCUCAGAACUGCUUUCCGUUAUUUUACAGGCUUCCGAGACGGCCAAGGCCAAAUUGACGGAUAAAGUCGACGGAAUCGAUAUCCUGUUGAGGGUGGGUCGCAGUCAUGUGAAAAGAGAUCAUUUCACGGAUUGAACAAAAAUUUCCAGGCGAUCGCCGUGUACAAAAAGAACGAUCCGACAAGUGUGGACGAGCGAGAGUACAUGGAAAAUUUGUUCAACUCGCUCUGCGCCGCCCUCAUGUUCCCCGCCAAUCGAAGUACGUUUCGGUAUUGUGACUGCUUUGCCUGCUUUUAGAAUAAAUUCUGAAACGAUAAAAAGUUGCUUUGUCUGCUUUUCGAGCUUUUCCCGCAUCUUUUUGAGCGCACCUCCGUCAUAAACGAAAUUAGGAUUUUGUGGUGGCAAAAUAAUUUUUUGCAGAAAAGUUUCUGGACGGCGAAGGACUGCAGCUGAUGAAUCUGAUGCUCCGCGAGAAGAAACAGUCGCGUCAGAGUGCGCUAAAAGUGCUGAAUCACGCGACGUCGGGCGAGGAGGGCAUCGAGAACUGCAAUAAGUUGGUGGAGAUGCUCGGAUUGCGCACCAUCUUCCCGCUUUUCAUGCGGACGCCGUCAAAGAUGAAGCGGAAGGACACGACUCCCGACGAGCACGAGGAGCACGUUUGCACCGUACGUUAUUUUUUUUUUUAAAGUGAAAUACGGAUGUGAACGUUGGAAACGAAAACAAUUUUGGUUAUGUGUAAUGCAAGAAACAGUGUAAAAUAAAAUUCGAGAAGCAGAUUUUUAUUUGAAAAGAAAAGGUUUGCACAUUUCCCUUGCAGAUAUUGUCGUCGCUGCUGGCCGCCUGCGCCGAAAACCAUCGUCAACGAAUUGUGCAGAAAUUUGUGGAGCACGAGCACGAGAAGGUCGACAGAGCCGUCGAGCUCUUUUUGAAAUACAAGUGCGUCGCUUCUUCUUUUUUUUUUGUUGGGAUUUUUUACAAAAAAGCGCGUCAAAACGACGCAUUAGUUCAAAAACAGCGAGAAAUCCGGUACGGUACGGUUAAAGGCGAAUAACAAGUUUUUUGCGAUGGUCCCGCAACGAUCACAACAACGCAAACAACCGUUUUUUUUUUUGCAGAGAAAAAGUGCAAAGAUUCGAGCUGAAAAAGAAGCGAUUGGCACAAGAAGCGGGCACUUCCGAGGACGACGAUCCGGACAGGUAGAUUAUUGUAGUUUUUAUUGAAACACAAACCAUUUUCUUGCAGAGAUUAUCUGGACAAACUCGACAACGGACUGUACACUCUGCAACGUCUGACUCUGAUCCUGGCCGACGUGGCAGUCGGAGUGGAGACGGCGCGAAAGAGAGAGGAGAAGCUGUUCCAGAUGAAGAUGAGCAGCAAUCGGCUCGAUUUGAUGCUCACCCCGGUACACCCUUCCGCUUUUCCGAUUCUUAGAGCCAAGUCAAUUGUUGUUGCAGAUUCUCCAGGAAUACGCCGACAAUUUGGGCGACGAGGCGAUGUUGGAGCAGGAACGGGCUCUUUUGAUGAUUGCCAAAAUUGAGGAGUUCUACAAAUCCGCCUAA